AAAUACGAAAGGAACCUAGGAACACCGCUCAUUUCUAGUGCACCGUGCAAACGUAACCUGGAUGGCUUCUCUCCUGACACUGAAGAACUUCCUAACCCUACGUUCCCCGAACACCGACAGUGUAGUGUCUAUGCUCUACUAUCGCCUCACCGUCGCCGUUCUCCUCUGCUUCUUCGUGCUGACGACAACGAGCCAAUUUUUCGGUAAUCCUAUCAAGUGCAUUUCGCAAGACGACGUCCCGGAAGAAUUCCUCGACACUUACUGCUGGCUACAAACGACGUUCAGCGUCGACACCGCCUGGAACCUUCGCGUUGGACAACAAGUCCCCUACCCCGGUGUACACCGUACAGACGACCCGAGCACCAUCGUACACCACGCUUACUACCAGUGGGUCUGCUUUGUUCUGCUCCUUCAAGCCGGCAUGUUCUACGUGCCUCACUGGAUUUGGAGCACGGUUGAAGCUGGGAAGAUUCAAUACUUGACGAUAGGCCUUGAAUCCGCAGUGAUACCGGAAGACGAACGGAGAACGAGACGGAAGCUUCUCAUUGGCUAUUUCAUGCGACACCUCCAUUGCCAUAAGAUGUACCUCGCAACCUUUAUACUGUCGCAAGGACUGAAUUUCAUCAACGUCGUUGGACAGAUGCUCAUUCUAAAUAGACUUUUAAACGGGCACUUCACAGAGUACGGCUUCCAAGUUGUGCGAUUUCUUCAAAGAGACUGGAAGAACAGGACGGACCCUAUGGUACGGAUCUUCCCAAGGAUGACGCGUUGUACAUUCUACAGGUACGGCUCCGGUGGAGGCGUCCAAUCGUCCGAGUCCAUGUGUUUGUUACCUCUGAAUAACAUCAACGAAAAGGUAUACGUCCUCCUGUGGUUCUUGUUCGCGUUUUUGGCUCUUGCGUCCGUGGUGUCGUUGGCCGGCUGGACCGUCCUACUGGUGGUGCCAAAAUUUAGACUGGCUGUUCUUCGUUAUAAAGGACACUUAUCAGUCGGAAAGCGGGUGGAGAAGAUGGUCAGAGCCUGUUCCGUAGGGGACUGGUUUUUGUUGUAUCAGUUGUCGUCCAAUAUGGACGUUGUCAAUUUCCAUAGUUUCAUGGAGGAGUUGGAGAGUGAGGUCGAAGAGGAUUUGAACGUGACGAUCACCAAGAACUCUUAAGGAGUGAGAUUUUAUAUAUUGUUUGUUGAUACGUGUAUAUCUUAUCCACGGUCUACACGAAUAAAAAGUGCAACGGCA